AUGGUCAAUUCCGGAUGGUUAAAUUUUGAUGGGAUCAGGAAGCCCGAUGUGACCACUAAUCCUCUACCGAAUCAUGGCAAUAGACAUACUAAUGUCGUUGAGGGUUCUGGUGAGUUUAAGAGGACAAUUACAGAGGUAACUAUGCCUUUGAGUUUGGUGUUGGAUGCUUUGGAAAAUGAGAGACUUAUUAAAAGAGAUGAGCUAGACUUGACAUUGAAAUAUGAUGGCUAUGAUGAAUUGAAGACUUGUGAAUUUCACAAAGGCAUUCAAGGACAUUCUCUGGAGUGUUGUUUUCAAUUUCAAGUAAGGGUGCAAGAUUUCAUUGAUAGCAAGAAAGUAGUAUUUGGGGUAAAGUCAGAGUGCUCAAGUGCAAUCAAUGUUAUCGGGGAUGAAUUCUAUAAGGGACCAAGGCCUAGUGGGCGGGCAAAGCCAAUUGUCUUGCAGUACUUUUUAGAGGAUCAACCUAUUGUAAAAAGUCCACUUCCUUCAAAGGCUGCUUACGUGACUAAUAAGGUUGUUCCCUGGGAGUCAAAUGACCCAGUGUCAGGAACACAAGCCGAAAGGAAAUGGAAGGGAAAAGAUGUCGUUGGAGCAUAUGAGAAUUUGAAAGAUUUGAAGAAAGAUCAGAUUGUAUGUGAAGAAAUUAAGAAAACAGUGUCUGAUGGAGAAAUUCAGGAGUUUCUAAAGAUUGUCCGUCAAAGUGAAUAUAUGAUUGUAGAUCAGCUGAAAGAGACUCCGGCAAAGAUUUCCAUCUUGGAAUUAAUCAUGAGUUCAGAGCCACCGCGUAAAGUGUUGUUGAGAAUGCUGAAUCAGGCCUAUGUGUCGACAGAAUCUUUUGAUGGGAUCGUCAGAAAUGAGGUCGCGGCUCACCUGUUAUCAUUCACUGAAGAGGAGAUUCCAGAUGCAGGGAUGGGCCAUGACAAGGCAUUGCAUAUUUAUGCCAUGUGUAGGGGUUUUGAAGUGGCGAGUGUUUUGAUUGACAAUGGAUCGUCGUUGAAUAUUCUGCACAAGGAGACUUUUGAUAGAUUGCCAAACGAUAGAUCAUAUUUGAAGCAAGUACUAGUGGUGGCUAAAGCCUUCGAUGGAACCAGGAAGGAGAUAAUGGGGGAGAUUGAGGUCCCUCUAGAGAUCGUAAGUGUGACCUUCAAUGUGCCUUUUAUGGUUAUGGAUAUAUCGCCUAUUUACAGUUGCCUAUUAGGUAAGCUGUGGAUCCAUACUGCUGGAGUGGUACCAUUGUCUUUACAUCAGAAUCUCAAAUUUGCUCACGGAGGAAGAGUUUACAUUGUUAAGGGCCAGUUGGAAUGGAUGGUGGCUAGUGUUUCAAACUCACUCCAUAUUGAUGCGCCCCUACAGGAUAUUGAAAGCUCAUUCCAGUCCUUGGAGAUUGCUACUGCUAGUUUUGUGAAGGAAGAGCAGCUUCUGGUGUAG